AUGGAAACACUCCCAACUCGGUAUUUUGAAGAAGUCGAGAAUGUUACAACAGAACAUAUCAAGUGGUUCGUCGUGUUUUUAAAUGUCAAGAAAUGGAGGGGGUGCGUCCCGGACGAACGUCAGCAACCUCCUUCUUUACCUAAUCAACCAGAACAUCGUGCCUUGCAAGAAAAAGCUCCUCCCUCCUUGGGUCCGACUGACACGCCAGUUAGGUUGCUUCAGGAUCAGCUUGGGUUCCACUGCCAAGCGACAACUGAUAGAUGCGGGUUUCCUUUUGCUACCAAGGGCUAUGGAAGACAUCUAUGGGACAAUCGAAGCGUACUGCAGGUCAGUGCCCGCAUUGACAACUGGAUAGCCCUCGCUGUCGGACGACAGAUCGUGAACCUUCUCGAGGAUUCAAAAGACCAAGAAGCUAAGCGUAUUUCAUUUGAAACAGCUCAUCGCAGGACUCCGUCGAGGUUAAGUGGACUUGAGUCACAAGCCAACCAAGCUGUUGAAAACGAAUCUCAAGCAAACACAGAUGAUGACCGGAGCUCUACAAGGAGCGACUCGAUCUUGACAUUUCACAAGAAGCUUGAGCUCAGGCGACUGCGCUUCCAACUUGCUAAUCCGAAUCCGCAACAUAGUCAUCUCGAGGUCGGUUUGACUUUCAUGGGCUGUGUAACCGAAAGUGUUCGGUCCGGAAUUGCAGAAACCUUGAGUAGAACCGAGGACAACUCAGCUUGGUCUCCUGUUAUUCCCGAAGAAGCGGUUUCGUUUGCGAUCUCUGAACAAUUGAUGAGGAGUUUAGGUAGAGCCUUCUUUGGCCAAAUUACCACUCCCUUCGAUUCGACACUUAGAGAACGCUUACUGUGGGAGUGCCAAAAUGGCGUGCAAUGGAGCUGGCAGAACAAGCAACUGAAUGAUCGUUUUCGCGGACCAGCAAAGGCACAAGCAGAAGUCAUAGAGACAAUGAUGCUGUGCAUAUUGGGAUUUCCAAGCAUUCACUUGUUAAAUCACAACUCUAUACGCGCAAUCGAUAAGUCACGAACUGCAAAUUUAGUCUUCGAGAUCUGGCCUACGGCUGCCCCCCAACACCUUCGCAUUCGACUGGUUGUCGACUGCGCGAAUUCACUAAUGAUAGCCAAGAUUCGAGAAUGUGAAACUGGUGCAGCUAUGGCAACACUUUCUCCUACAACUGGGUUUCUAUGGCAGGAUUGGCGUGAUGCGUUUGCUGGUCGUUUACUUGGCAAGCGUUCGUGGCAGAAAGCUCAUUCAAUGAAGGAAUUGCAGGUGCGACGCACGACCGAAAGCAUUUCGCGUGGUAUUCAGAAAAUAAUUACUGCUGAAGACGACGGAGACAGGCCCGUCCCAGUUUUUCGGCGACAAUUGGUUUGGGGUGGGUGGAUGCCGUUCCGGGCUGGGCUCACGUUGUUUGAGUUGAAACAUUCAUCCCUCAUUAUUCUUGGAGAUAGCAUGCCAACUGAUACAUACUCACCGACAGAUGGGUUCUCGGAGAGCACAACAGCAGAAUCUGAAGUGCAACCGCAAGAUAAAGGCACACCUCAAGAAAUAAGUGAUACGUAUCAGCGAGCCAGUAUGUCCGCACUUACAGACGCUUCCAUACAUUUGGAUGCAUUGUUAACUCUGGACACUAACCUGCUAGACGACGGCCCGGGGAAGCCUCAGGAUGAGGACGAUGACGUAGCUGAGUCUCAGCUUGUCGAUCUUGUUCCAAGUGCGUCGUCAUCAAGUGACGGACAAUCAUUCAGGAUGGAAUUUAACUUUGAUCCACCGCUGCCAGCCUCAAUUUUAGCGAAGGCGAGUCUGCAGGACCCCCAUGCGAUGCACAUUUUGGCCAAAUGGGUUCUUACGGGAACAAAGGGAUUCCAGAAGAACUACACGAAAGCCCUUUUGCUAAUGGAGCGCGCACUCAUUCUUGGUCGGAACAUAAUGACAGCUCGUCUCCUAGUCAAAACAUUAACCGAUAAAACGUUCAUGCCGGAUAUACCUGUGGAUAUAGAUCGUGCCCUUGCUGCGGUCGAACUCCUCUGGCGAGACAUAGCGGGAAGACAUGAAGUUGUAUCGAUCGAGAACAAAAAAGUCCGAAGGUGGAAAGGAGAUUCCGAGGCGGAGCUCACACGGCUUUCAAAGUUGGUGUGCAUGCAUCAGAAGCUCGUUCAGGCGAGGCCAACAGCUGAGAUGAUGCGUAAUCUAGCCGACCAUCUUUCGACAUGGGGAGAAUCGAAACCAGAUGAACACGCAGCGACUGUUCUCUACGAGACGGCGAUACUUGCGAGCUGUGACAGCAAGUCUAUCUUGGAGCUAGGCCGAAGAUUUCACAACCGUGAUCCCCCGUUUGCGGCGGCUAUGUACCAGCGUGCCUUAGUUGCGGGACAAGGCGUCGCAGCAAAGUUGCUGGCUGACCUCUUGCUGAGCGAGAAAAACAACUUGCGGAUAUCUCCUGCACAAAUCGCCGAUGUUUACGAGAGAGCGGUUCGCCUUGGACACGUGGGUGCAAUGCGGGAGCUUGGGUUGCUUUUGCUGCAUGGCGACGAUGGUGUGCUGGCGAACAUUGUUCGUGGCAGACACUUGGCCGAAAGAGCAGUGUAUGGAGACUCCAUUGCCCGCGCGUUGGACAGUGGAGCUGCAUCCCUGGAAAUCGACUCACGGCUUGCAGAUCAGCUGCGCGCGUCUGCUCGACAGGCCUUUGGUUCUCCAGGCGGUUCUGCGAGUGGCCAUGAUACAGGACCCCGCGGAAGAUCUUGAGCGUUUUCGAUGACAUGUACAGUAGGUCUCCCUGUCGCAGCACGGCUCGCUUUUUGCAUUUUGAAGUUACGAAUAUAUGUACACCCAGGGACCGUAAUUGGUCUCACUCACACUACUUCGGUGGCCAUUUUUGGGACCAUACUUCAUGGGUUUGACACUAAAUAAAUUUUGUACACACAAAUUCCCUUAGUACAGUAUGUGUGUCGUAUUUUGUGAUCUGGCAUGCAAA